CAACUUCCUCCUGCUUUACCCAUUGAAAAUGCCUUCUGUUUACUUCUUCUUGGAGAUUCAGUUACAACUGAUCACAUCUCUCCAGCAGGAAGUAUUGCUCGUAAUAGUCCUGCUGCUCGGUACCUUGCUGCAAGAGGGCUCACACCACGUGACUUCAACUCAUACGGUUCAAGACGUGGCAAUGACGCUGUUAUGGCAAGAGGAACUUUUGCUAACAUAAGAUUGGUCAACAAACUUGUCUCCAGCACUGGUCCUCGCACUCUGCAUGUUCCAUCAGGAGAAGAGAUGGACAUCUUUGAUGCUGCUGAGAGGUACAAGUCUGAAAACAUAUCACUUAUUGCGAUCGCUGGCAAGGAGUAUGGUUCUGGAUCUUCAAGGGAUUGGGCUGCCAAGGGUCCUUACCUGCUGGGAUUGAAGGCUGUUAUUGCAGAGUCAUUUGAGCGCAUCCAUAGAUCCAAUCUUGUUGGUAUGGGCUUGGUGCCUCUCCAGUUCCUUCCAGGCCAGAAUGCUGAAACCUUAAAACUGACUGGAAAAGAGAAAUACUCAAUCAUUGUUCCUGAGGACUGCAAGCCACUUCAAACCAUCACUGUUCAGGUCAGUGAUGGCCGAAGCUUUGACACUAUUGUGCGCUUCGAUACUGACGUGGACAUUUCUUAUUACCGACAUGGAGGUGUUCUCAACUACAUGGUGCGAAAGAUUGCAAGCCAGUGAAAAAGAUGUGGAGAUAAGUCUCAUUUGAUAAAUUGUUUAAUUUUUAAUUAUUGUUUUGCUGUGUAUCAAAGUUGUUCUUUGCUCAGAGUAAUUUAAGACUAGUCAUAUGACUGAACAAGCUAUUCCAUGAACAAUUUAGUACAAAUAUCUGGCAGUACGUCAAAUAUUUUUUUUCCUAUUUUUUAAGAUUUAUUUUCAAUGGGCUGGGACAGCUUAAGACAGCUAAUUUUAUCUCGUUACUUAUGGAUUUUGGAGCCAUAUUGAUUUUUAGUGAGGUGUUGUUGUUAGUAAAUGAAACUGUUGUGCUUUAUAAUACGUCUUAGAUCAAGCUUGGGGGAUUCUAGAGGUUCUUGUGUCUUUUUUUUCUACCAUGUUUGUUAAUAAAAGUAAAUCGUGUUAA